CCGAGGCAUUUCUUGAAUAAUUGGCUCUGUGAUUCGAUGGCCUUUGUGAAUGCGAUAAAAUAAAAAAAGUGAAAAGAAAAAAAGUGAAUGCGAGGAAUUUCGGAAUAAUUGUUCCUGUGAUUCGACAGCCUUUGUGGAUUGUCCUGAAUAUUCUGAGAAGUAAGGGUACAUAUCGUUAUGUUGUUAAUUUGGCUUUUGCUUAUUUGUUGUGAAACCAUAAUAUUUAUAGUGUUCAAAAGAACGAAGCCUUUUCGGCUUCUUUCUCUGUUUCUUUUCUCUCUCUCUCUCUCUCUCUCUCUCUCUCUCUCUCUCUUUAAUGAUUUUUUGGCAGCACUACGCUCUUGAUUGUUGUCAUUUUUUUUCUGUAAGCUCUAGUGAGUAAAAAUGUAUUCAUGCAUUUUUGUUAGAAAUUUGGAAAUUUUGUUAUAAAAUUUUCGAAUGCAUUUUUAUCAAACAAAGCUUGAAGAAGGUGCUAUUAUCACUUCCGCGACAAAUUCUCGCUAAGAAGAGAGACAGGAGUUAAUGAGAUUCAACCAUUUUUUGCAACCUCAAAUUUGCCGCGAAUUGGGUUUUGAACUUCUGAUUUUGUCACUCACAAAGCAAUGUAUCAUGUGAAGUUGUCAAAAUGGAUAAAAGUGGAUUUGAGGAGUUUUAGAGUAACUAGUUCUGUGAUUCCACUGCCUCCAUGGAUUGUCUUGAAAGUUCUGAGAAACAAAGAGUAAGAUGGGGAGAUAUUGUGAUUAUUGCUCUGUGUUGGAGAAUAAUACGUCUUUUCAUAAAGAUGGAAGGAUAUGUUGGUGAACAAGAAAAAAUGUUAUUUAAUUUUGAUAAGCUGGUUUCUGUGAUCGGCUGGCUGAUUGCAUUUUGUGGACUGUUGGCAUUUCACCAGGCAUUAGUCAGUAACCCCCAAGAUGCUUUUGUGAUCUGGGUUUUUGUUUCUGUUCUGUAUAAUGGAAAAUGGGAGGAAGUUGUUAAAAUUGCAAGAGAACGUGCUAAAGAUCAAGUUAAUUUUGCUCCUGAGAUCUCUGGUUUUCUGAAAUUGAAUCAGAUGAAGAACUUGAGUGAGUUGGCGUCUUUAGUUCAAGAUUGUGUCAAUGCUUUGAAUGAGACACACUCUGGUAUGGUGUAUGUUUCAAUGAAAUGGGAUGGAUGUUGGUCAAAUUUUUUGAUGCACUGGUAACUUCUAUUGAAUCUUACAACAAAGAAAGAGAGAAUUUCAUGAUUGACUAUCACUUGCUUGGAAAGGGAAUAUACAUGAGAAGAGGCCAGACCUGUUCAUUGAAAAACUAUUAUGAAAACAUUUAGCGGUGGGCUUGUUGGAUGAGAGAGUGUGGUUGACAAGGGGAAGAAAAAUCUUUUACUGCUGGAGGUCAUUGAGCUAAGUUGCCAUCUGAGGCCCUCUGAUUUGACGAAAAAUGAGUUAUUGGUCAAGAUAUAUAGAAAACAUAGUCUAGCAGUUCUUGACUGUGAAUCAAAUAUAGGGAUAACCAAAAAGCAGAAGUUAGUUGUGAAGAAAUGCAGACUUUCUGAGCAGGACCUAACUAUAAACAAGCAGAAAGUGGUUCCGAAAGAGGAGAGGCAGCAGAAAGGUUAGAAACACAAGAAGGUUGUAGAGACUUGCCAAUUGUGUACAGAAGAAAUAACG